CGCGCGCGCUGGAGAAAAUAACAACAAACGAGCGGCGAUGCUCUGACUUGAUUUUGCUAUUUGUCAGCGAACAUACAAUUCUCCCGGUUUUCGACUGAUAUCCAGGCUCACGGGGAUAUUCCGCGACGGAACGUUUCGAUGCAACAGAAUGAAUGACGAGGUGAGCUUCCAAGAUGGCUUGCGAGUUGCCCGAGCACAACUGUUGCGGAGAAUGCUCGUUCAAGCUAUUCUCAAACUCGAAACUGAAAUCGGUGAUGGAGAAAAGGAGAAGUUCUGCAACUUCAAAGCAUCUGUCAUCCUUCGACUGUUCUCCAUCAAGCCGCCCCUACAGGGCUUCACACCAUUCGAUAGUGAAUUCUACACUGAACGUAUUGUACCGGAACUGAACGCAAUUCUCUCCAAGGAAUCCGCUCCUCUAGGCAGACUCGAGGUCUGCACGGAGAACGACGUCAUAGAAGCCUACUCGAGGCUCCGGAAACAAAUGAAAGAACUCGUCCAGCGCCGACAAACGCUGAAUGCUCACAUCCAGGCUAGCAAAGAACUGCUAAACAGAACACUCCGCCACGAACAGUGGUCGCUGCGUUUCAAACUGGAACAAGCUCAGGUGGAUUACACUGCGGUUACCGCGGCCGUGUACGAGAAGAAAUUCGGGAGCAUCGCGAAGUCCAUCCUGGAUCUGUUCCGCGACUACCGAUACGACGAAGCUCUCGAAAGCAUACGAGAAAAACUGGAGAGCGAGAAAACAGCUUUGGCGAGGGAAUUGGAUCGCCGGAUCAAGAAGCACGAGAUAUACAAGAAAGCUCUCGUACUGAACCCUGACUUGGAUGAUGUCCUGGAAAAGUAUCAGUCUCUGACGGAUUCCCUCGUGAACAUGCGAAAAAUGAGCUCCGUUUCGUACAAUUAG